ACAAAACUUUUACAAAACACAAAAUUUAAUUCAGUAUGUGUAUGGGACGAGACAAACAUGCAUUUAGUUAUUUCUGGUGGUGGGAGAUUGAACUAGUUGUAAUACUUUCCAGUGGUUAUUUCGAAUUGUGAGCAACUAUCGAGUAAUGGAUGAAAACGAGAAGAAGGCAAGAGAACUGAUUGCUGAGGCACAAAAGAAGAAUAAAAAAGGGUUCUUUGCUUUUGGUUUGGGUUCAGACAAGACAGAUGAAGUGAUAUCAUUGUAUGAGAAAGCGGGAAAUUGUUUUAAGAUGGCACACAAUUGGACUGAGGCCGGCAAUGCAUUUCUAGAGGCUGCAAACCUAAGUUUGGGCCAAAAGUCAAAGCAUGAUGCAGCCACGCACUAUGUGAACGCAUCACUAGUUUUUAAGAAGGAUGAUCCAAAAAAGUCUAUUCAAUGUCUCACUAAGGCGAUCGAAAUAUAUACUGAGAUGGGUCGGUUUACUAUAGCUGCAAAACACCACAUGACUAUAGCUGAAAUCUGUGAAAAGGAUUUAGUAGAUAUUGAACAGGCGAUUCGUCACUACGAACAGGCAGCUGAUUAUUACAAAGGUGAAGAAUCUAGCAGUUCAGCGAUGAAAUGCCAGCUUGCCGUGGCUCAACUCGCCUCUCAGUUGGGACAAUGCGAUAAGGCUGCUAACUUGUUUGAAGAGGCUGGUAAAGCAUCAAUGGAAAACAACUUAUUGAAAUAUGGUGCUAAAGGACAUCUUUUCAAGGCUGCCAUUUGUCAUUUCUGUGUGGAUUUAAUCAACGGUCAAAAAGCGCUCAAAACAUAUGAAGAAUGUUAUCCUAUGUUCGCUGACUCCAGAGAGUGUGCUUUGAUGAAGAAAUUAUCAGAAGCUUUGGAACAAGAGAAUGUAGAAGCUUUUACAGCGGCUGUUCAAGAGUAUGACAAUAUAACUCGACUUGAACCAUGGAUUACAUCACUUCUCCUCAAACUUAAGAAAACAAUAAGUGAAGAAGAGGAUAUCACUUAAUUCUUAAGACUUGAUGUUAUUUAUCUAAACAAAUAAAUAAUUUACCACUGAAUGUUAUCAUGUUGUGAACCAUUCCAAAUAACAUUUAGUUGUUUCGUUUAUUUUUUCGAGUUACCAUUCAUUUUUCUACACUUAUGUAUGUGCAAUACACUAUUUUCCUCCAUUUUGCACGUACAACCAACCAAGACAUUCCUGCGUAUUGACUUACAGUUUCCUCUUGAGGUUAAGCUUUACAAACUACUAUAUAAAAUUCAUCCUAUCAUCAUUUACACUUUUCCAUAUUUUCCUCUUUGUGUAAUUUUAUUUGUAAAAUAGGUUUAUUUUGUUUUGCAAGGUAAACUCUGCUAUUUGUUGUUCAUGUGUAACCUGGUAAUUUCCACUAUGAAUAAUAUUUAAUUACGCUCCUAUUGUUAUUUCUGUAUAAUGUUUAACAAACUUUCUUAGUGAUAACAAUUACUUGUUUUCUUUAUUAGUGCUAUUGUGAUACACGUUUAUUCUUCUGACAGUGGAUCUAACUUAUGUAAUAAUUGUAUGGUACCAGCGAGUACUUAUUUAGUAAUAUUAAAAAAAACUAUGGUAUAUACAUUUUA